AUGGUUAGUUGGCGAAAUGUUAGUCCAGAAGUGGUCGUUGUCGUUGAGCGGUUAGGUGAGAAGAAUGGCAACAAGUACUUGUUGGUGGACCAGCAUGAACUAUAUCAAGAGGAGGUGGUGACGAGUUCGAGUGAUGGUGCUGUGCGAGGCGCGCGGUUCCCAGCGACGGCAGCGGCAGGUGGGCGUCAGGCACGAGGCGCCCGCGGUGCUCGCGUCUCCGCCUCCUCAUCGUGGCGGCGCGGCGACCACCUUGUAGAAGUAUGUGCCUGA